AUGGGCAGUACUCCAUUUUCGUUCAUUACAUUCUUCUUGCUUUCCUUAUGUUUUCCUCACUCAUCUUCGGAAUCCUCUAGCUUACAAGCAGGGUCGUCACUAUCGGUAGAAAACCCAGCUGAUGUUUUGAUAUCUCAAAAUAGAGUAUUUUCCGCCGGAUUUUUCCAGGUUGGCCACAAUGCAUACUGCUUUGCCAUAUGGUUCACCGAGCCAUCACAGGGACACGACCUCACGGUGGUCUGGAUGGCUAACCGGGAGGAGCCGGUAAACGGAAGGCGGUCAAAGCUGUUGUUCCGAAGAUCUGGUAAUCUCGUAUUGAGAGACGCCGGUCAAUCGGUCGUUUGGUCAAGCGACAGUAGUACUGCUUCUUCUUACAACUCGGCAGCCCAGUUACAGCUCCAAGACAACGGAAACCUCGUCCUGAGCUCUCUAGACGACGUCGUUUUAUGGCAAAGCUUCGCCUCACCAACGGACACUCUUCUUCCUGGACAAUCGCUCACAAAAGACACGAAGCUUGUGUCGUCAAGAAGCCAGACCAGCUACUCCUCUGGCUUCUACACGCUCUUCUUCGACGAUGACAACGUUCUCCGCCUUCUCUACAGGAGCCCCGAGAGAUCGAGCAUUUAUUGGCCGGACCCUUGGCUUCUCCCUUCGCAAGCCGGAAGGUCCAUCUUCAACGACAGUAGAAUCGCCAAGCUUGAUUCAUUAGGCAACUUUAGCGCGUCAGACACUUUCAGAGCUCUGGCGUCCGAUUAUGGUACUCGAGUCCAACGAAGACUGACGGUUGAGCCCGACGGUGACCUUCGAUUAUACAGUCGAAAGCUGUCAGGAGCGAAGUGGAUUGUCACGUGGGAAGCCGUUUUGCAACCAUGCAAGAUUCAUGGCAUUUGCGGGGCUAAUAGCUUGUGUACAUAUGUUCCUGAAUUUGGUAGGAAAUGCUCUUGCAUUCCUGGUUAUAAGAUGAUAAACCCCAAUGACUGGACUCAAGGUUGCGAGCCCGAUUUCAAGCUCUCCUGCCCCAAUAGCACAACUGAGUUUGCCGGCUUCGCUUACCUUCCAAAUGUUGAAUACUAUGGGUAUGAUUAUAAGCUAUAUGGGGAUUAUACCUUAGAACGUUGCAAGGCUGUAUGCUUAGAAUUGUGCGAUUCAUGCGUAGGCUUUCACUACAAAUAUGACAAUGGCGGUGGUCGCUACAAUUGUUACGCCAAGAUGCAACUGCGAAAUGGAUAUCACACGCCAGGUUUUGAUGGUGACAUUUACUUGAAACUGCCCAAAACCAUCUUAUCUUCUCUAUCCAAUAUGACUACAAAUGACAACUUGAAUUUAGAUUGCUCAUCGUCUAGCAAUGACACUGUACAACUUGACCGAAAGUAUACGAAAACACGUGUAAGCGGGCUCCUCAAGUUCUUGCUAUGCUUCGCUUCUGGAGUUGGAGGACUUGAGGUCAUCGUUAUCUUUAUGGUUUGGUUUUUUGUGAUUCGCAGCCAUGAAAAAUCAGGAGCGGGUAAUAUGCAAGGUUAUAUGCUUGCCGCAACUGGCUUUAGAAAGUUUUCUUACGCAGAAUUGAAGAAGGCAACAAGAGGUUUCAGCGAAGAGAUAGGAAGAGGUGCCGGAGGAAUUGUCUACAAAGCAGUAUUAUCCGAUAAUAGAGUUGCGGCUGUCAAGAAACUGAAAGAUACUAGCCAAGGAGAAGUCGAAUUUCUCGCAGAAGUUAGUACCAUUGGAAGACUAAAUCACAUGAACUUAAUAGAGAUGUGGGGAUAUUGCGCGGAGGGAAAGCACAGGAUUCUGGUCUACGAAUAUAUGGAACAUGGGUCCUUGGCUGAAAAUUUGGCUUCCAAUGUAUUAGAUUGGAAAAAGAGGUUCGAAAUCGCUUUAGGCACCGCAAAAGGCCUCGCUUAUUUGCACGACGAGUGCUUAGAGUGGAUUUUGCAUUGUGAUAUAAAGCCUCAGAACAUUCUCCUGGGCUCUAAUUAUCAACCAAAGGUGGCGGAUUUUGGCCUCUCAAAGCUACUAAAUAGAGGUGAGCUUGGCAAGUACUCAAGCUUCUCAAGGAUAAGAGGCACCAGAGGCUACAUGGCUCCUGAGUGGGUUUACAAUCUUCCAAUCACCUCCAAAGUGGAUGUUUAUAGUUAUGGGAUUGUUGUGUUGGAGAUCUUGACGGGAAAUAAUCCAAUGAGAGGAGUUCAUGAUAGUGAAGAUAUUGAUGGAGAUCAAGCACGACCGAAAAUGCUGGUGACGUGGGUGAGAGAAAAAAUGGUUGGUGGCGCAUUGUCCACGGAAGCGUGGAUAGAAGAGAUCAUAGACCCCUCAAUGGAGGGCCAAUAUAAUAUUAGAGAGGUUGAAAUACUCGUUCAAGUGGCUCUAAAAUGCGUAGAGGAAGACAGGGAUGCAAGGCCCACCAUGAGACAAGUUGUUGAGAUGCUUUUAUCCCAUGAAAACGAUUCCUGA